AACGUCAUAUUUGUCCCUGGUGGUUAGCGGUGGUGCUGGAAAAACACUCGCUUGUUUUAUGACUUACUUGUUUGAAUUAAACAACAACUAUGGAAAUCGGGACAGAGAUCAGCAAGAAAAUAAGAGCUGCAAUCAAGGGCAAGCUUCAGGAGCUCGGUGCAUAUAUUGAUGAAGAGCUUCCUGACUACAUUAUGGUGAUGGUGGCAAACAAGAAAACGUCUCAACAGAUGGCUGACGAUCUCUCCCUUUUCCUUGGAAACAACACUAUUAAGUUUACAGCCUGGCUACAUGGAGUCCUGGAGAAAUUACGAUCAGUUGCAGUUGAGCCUGCAUCCCUCAAACAUCAGCUCCAGUCUAACAGCAGUACUGUGGUGGGGAAGAGCAGAUCAUCUGUAAGCGAAGACAGUAGGACAGAGGACCUGAAGGUGUUGGCAGUGUCCAGCUCUCACUCUGAUAGGACUGAAACACGUGUGUCCAGUUCUGCCCAUGAAAACAGGAGGGGGACCUCAGAGAGGAGUUCUUCUCGACUUACCUCCACUGUUAAACCCCUCAUAGAGCCUCUCCCCUCAGAGGCUGUUAUCGAUAUCAAACCAGAGAUGGAUGAUGACCUCAUCGCAGAGGACCCUGUGGAAAUAGGCACCAACCAAGGUCGAACGCGUAGUGCAGCAAGUAGACCCACAGCUGAAAUCUACAGACCGGGACAGAGCAAAUUUACAUCAGUUAGCUCCGCUGACACGUGUCGGCCUACAGAAGGAUCCUCUCACACCAGGCAGUCGGACAGCAGAAGCAGCAGAACCUCCAGAACCGGAUCUAGUAAGCAGGAGGAGUUGUCAAGGAAGCGUAAGGCGCCAGUGGCGAGCUCAGUGGUGCGAGUGAACCGAGUGGCGGACGAGGACAGUGAUGAAGUGGAAGACGAGGACUCAAACUAUGGAGGAAGAGGCCUGUCUAGUAGAGUGUCCCUUCCUUCCAAACCAGAACGCAAACCUACUCUCCCUCCAGCUAAGCAAGCCAACAGGAAUCUGAUACUCAAGGCCAUCUCUGAGGCUCAAGACUCAAUCACCAAAACUACAGCCUACCCCACAAUACCACAGAGGCAGACUGUUCCUGUGGCGCCUCGUACUCGCUUGGCCAGCAAUGAGGAGAUGACGGCAGCCAUCCAGCUGGUCCAGGAGCACCUUCACAGUUUGGCGCCAAGGGUGCAGACCCACACCUCUGCAGAGCUACCUCCUUCAAGAACACCUGCUCCAGUGAGAUCUUUAGCUUCACGUCUCCAGUUGGAUUUAGCAAAGAGCAACAAUGGUGGAGAGCAGAGUGACUAUGGUGUAGAGGUCUCUGCAGGCAGUGAGGCAAAGACGUUUGAUACUCGCUCCUUCAUAAUGAGUCGACCUCAACUGGAAGAAUCUCAGAACAGAACUCUGCAGCGUCUUCAGGUCAAAGGAGAACUCCAUCCAGCUUUACCACGCACUGUCCAGGCCAGCAAGGAGAGGGGUGACUCUGCCAGCCCCAAGUUCAUAGUGACAUUAGAUGGAGUACCGAGCCCGCUGGGGAACCUUGUGGAUUGUGAGAUGGAGCUGGACGACGUGAGGCCGCCCACAAAGGUCACUGAGGCAACCACUCGCCUUAACAGGGAGCCCAAAGUCAGCAUCCUCCACAGGCUACAAGGAGUGGUCACAUCACCAGAAGAUGAUGUGAUGGACAUUGAGGUUUUAGAUGAGGAUGCCGCCCCUUUAAAGAAACAGAAGGUUAUGGAGCGCUGCAAGUUCUGGCCGGUCUGUAAAAGUGGAGAUGAGUGUUUGUAUCAUCACCCUACAGCACAGUGCAAGACAUUUCCCAACUGCAGGUUUGGAGAUAAAUGUCUUUUCAUCCAUCCAAACUGCAAAUACGAUGCCAGGUGCACUAAGCCGGACUGUCCCUUCACUCAUGUCAGCCGCAGAGGCACAGUUGCUCCUCCACCCAAGCCAGCAGUGCAGCCUGCACAGCCCACUAAUGUGUGUCGCUUCUUCCCCGAGUGCACAAAGGUGGACUGCCUGUUUUAUCAUCCCAAGCCUUGUCGCUUCGCGGCGCAGUGUAAACGAGCCGGAUGUACUUUCUACCACCCAACCACAACCGUGCCUCCGAGACACGCCCUGAAGUGGACAAAAACACAGAGCAGCUAAUUGAGCCCAGGGAGUCUGACAGAAGUCAGUGUUCUGGAUCCGUGUCUGUGGAUCUUCAUCCUUAGAUCUGUUGUUUCAUUUUGUUUUGUUUUAUUGUAUUGUUUGGACUGAUUUUUAAGAAGAGCGUUUUUUGUAAAACAGUCAGGUUUUUGCUGAUCCUCUGAAAACAUUAAAAUACUCAACAAUGAA